AUGCAGGCUCGCGACCCCGGCAGCCCUCCCCCCAUCUUCCUCGUCAUAACCCCUUCACCAAGGUCCGCACCGAAAAUCACCACCACCGCAAGCAGCAUGAGGCAAUCCGCCGAUCGAGACGCACCAGACGGCGAGAAAACAAUAGCUCAAGAAAGGGAACCUGAACCCGGGGAUAGCAAAACUGAAAACGAAAUGGACAGCCACAGACGCAAUGAAGAAACGGGCGAGCUUCUAGGGGAAGGUCCACCACCACCAACAGCAGCAGCAGGUGCUGUUGCAUCCGCGGUGUCAGAAAUGUCACGCGGCGGGGUAGUAGAGAGCCCUCCUGAGAUGAGUGCUGGCUGUGGAGUACAACGUAGCAGUGGAGAAAGACUGGAGGAGGAAGAGGAGGCAGAGGAGGAAGAGGAAGCCGAAGUCCUGAUGAACCUGUGGGCUGACCAGCCAGGUGCCGACAUAACCACCAAAAAGGCGGACUGGAACGCUAGUGCUAUGGUGGCGCUCCAAGAAGUGCUGCCCGGGGUGCCCGAAGGUCUCCACACCUCUGCUGAAUCUUUCAAGCCCGUUCCCGGUGGUCGACUGAUCAUGCGCGUGAAACAUGACCUGGAGCCCAACGGUCUUCCAUUCACGGCCAAGUCAGCCAAGGUCUGGGAAGAAGCCGGGUACAAUCAGGUUACGGAGACUGGCAAGUAUGACGGCGCGAGGAGUAUUGAAAAUUUCUCCAGACUCUGCUUUCUAGACAGAUACUGCUAG